AUGAUCACGUCGAAGAUGAUGCUGGUCAUGGUGCUCGGUGUGCUUCCGAGGCACAUGUGGGGCUCCUCCGUCAAGUUCACGGAGGAGAGCUUCACGCUGGAGAAGGUGAGCGAGAAGCUUGCCAACGUCUUUGGCAACAAGACCAAGAGCGAAAUUAUGGCGCUGGCUAGCGGCAGGGUGGUCAACCACGUCAAGUCGACCCCAGCCACGACGGCUCCAACAAAUCCGAAGGGAUCCGUUCUGGGCAAGCGAAAGGCCGCAGACGGUCCGAUCAACGACGUCCACUACAACGUCGGGUACAUGAAGUGCCACUACUGCGCAGGCGCGCACAACGAUCGGGAUGGCAUUGGCCUACCCAAGAUGUUUGACUGCCCCGCGCGUCGCGCAGACAGGGCUGCGGGUGUGUUUCGCCGCAACGUGUGGACGUACCCCAGCCGCACGGCUCGCAAGGAAGUGCACGAGCCUACACCCAAGAUGAAGGGCAAUGGAAAGGGCAAGGCCAAGGCCAAGGAGCGUCGUGAAAUUCCAUUGGCUGAGUGCCUGGCCAAAGUCGUGGCGGUAGACGCGUGCGACGCGCAGCAAGAUUCGCUGCCCGCGACCCCGGAUGGGUACACGAGCCCGCCCCCAAGCAACUUUCAGCAGCCUGACACGCCGGGAAAGGGUGCUUCGCCGAUGAGCGACGAAGACGAGCCAAUGGAGAGCGUCGUCAACGCCGUGAAAGCUGACGCUUCGGGCACGGCUCCAGCCGCCGCUAAGCAAUUGGACGACGAUGUGGACAUGGAAGGACAGCCAAGCGAGGGCAGCAAUCAAGAGAUUGCCGAGGCGACGAAGAGCUUCGCCGGCAUGCUGACUGACCUCGAGAAAAAGGGUGCGGGCACGGACUAA